AUGACAAGUACGAAUUCAAAGCCUCUAUUUAAGUUGAGAACAGAUAUAACUGGUAUUGCAAAGUCACGAGCCAAGCCUUUGUCUGUUGAAGAAAUACCUGAAAGAAAUAACAAUAAUACACGCUCAGUAGUCAAUGAUGAGUCCCAUCUAUUCUUAGGAUUUGAUAACUCCAAGCUAUUGACAGAAAACGAAAAAUUUAGAAUUAAGCAAUUACCAACUGAAUUAUCAUCAUUUCAGAAUAAUACAUCUCAACAGCAACUAACAGCUUACAGAGCUACAAUAGACCCAACUUGUGGAAAGGCUUUUUUAAAUGAUAACAAUGAUUUAUAUAUUUGGAACCUCAAUUCUAAUGAGAAAAAUCCCAAUUUUGCUAAAAUCCCCCUAAACAAUAAUAAUACCAUUCAAGAAGUAAAUGAUAACUUCACACCUCCAUUGUGUCUGUUUGUUUGUUCUGCUACAGCCGAUGAUAAUUUCAAUGCUAAUUUUAUAGAUGGUUCAUUAGGUACGAAACCUGCCAACUCUACAACCACAGGCAUAGUAUAUUUUACCCAAGAGUCUCAAGUUGUAUACUAUGAAGAUAUUGAAUCUGUGAACAAUUUGUCUGCCGAAUUAUCAAGGACAAAAGCACAUGUUUUAGAUUUAAGAUUGAAAGAUAAUGAAAAAAUAGCGUCUGCCAUUUCGGUUGAACCUGCAGGUACUAUAAUUUCUACAACAUUAGGCCGUGUAUGUUUCAUUACUUUGCGCGACUCAAUGGGAAAACCAAAUUUAAGGAUAGCUAAGCAAUUAAUGAAUCCAACUCGUGGUCUUUUCAGUUCUUUUAAUUUUUCGUUUAAUACUGGUGGUAAAAAAACUAAGAAUAAUAUCAUUUCAUUAAGAAGAGGUCCAAUCUUGGGAAAAGGUGAAACUUUAGUCUACAUCACAACAUCCUCAGGUGAUUUAGUUACUUGGCAAAUAUCAUUAACUUCAUCCAAUUGUUUCAAAAGAUCACAUAUAAAUAUUUAUACAGAUAUCAUGGAUUCACUUUCAAGUUUGUAUCCUUUUGCCACAUCUUCUUUGCAGAUCUUAGACUCACAUCCGUUGUUUAAGGAUGAUUCAUCAAUACAUCUAAUACUAUCUUCAAUAUCACAUUACGAUGAUUUCGGUCAUGAAAUAUUUUAUUAUAUUCUGUCAACAGUUCAGAUUAAUGAAAAAGCCAAUUCAGCUACUAUAUUCUCGACUUAUAGAUUAAAUACUUAUACAUCUUCAGUAUUGCCAACGAAUCCAACGUUAUACGUUUCUGCUUCACUACAGGAAGAACCUUCUUCCGUACUAUCGAUAUUUGUUAUAUUUGAUGAUGUAAUUGUGUUGUUACAAAUGAAUUCAAAAAUAGAUUCAAACUUCCACUUAAGAAGAAAAUUCGAGGAUAUUAUAAGAUUUAGAAAAGAUAUCAGGAUUAUUGGGUCCGGCUUUGGCUCAGAUACUUUAUAUUUAAUUAAUAAUUAUAUGGGUGUGCUAAAAAUCGAAUUAUUGCCAUCAUCCUCUCUAGGUAUACAAAGUGAAUCUUCAAGUAGCGAUUUGGAUCAAAAUAUUAGAUUCGUUAAAUCACAUAUCACUCAGUCCAUUUAUUUCUCCAAGAGGAUGGACGAUAAUCCAGUUGACUUUAAUUUACCGAAUAACAUUUCUCUGCUACCUGAAGAGAUUGAAAAUGAUCUUUUUUUGGUGAGCGAUGAGCUCUUUUAUUCUACAGGAAAAUAUAUUCCUCCCUUGAUGAAUUCAUUACAACAACAUUUAGCUGAAAGAAUUAAUUAUUACGAAAAUCUAUUACUAUUUAUUAGAUUUAAUUUCAAAUACAAGGUAUCCCCUUCAUCAAUAUUAAAUUUAAUUGAAAAAUUUGAAAUAAUGAAAUGCUGUCAAAGAUUUAUUAAAAUUAUUACAGAGCAGAAUAACCAGUUUUUAAGUGUCUGGCAAAGAAUUUUGAAUUCGCACAGUAUAUCUGAAGAAGAACUAAUUAUUCAUCAACUAAAUAGAUUUCCAUCACUGUUUUCUAAUUUUUUGAAGGAAUUGAUUAUUGAGAACUUUUCAAACACUUCACUUGAUCACAAGAAUUCCUUGGUUGAUUUAAUAAAUGAUUGCAUAUUCCAGAACAUCUUAGAAGACUGUGAGAAAAAAUUAAGAUAUGAUUUAUUUGAGUUAGAUAAUAAAGAAUUGGGUACAUUAUUACCAUGGUUUAUUAAUGAAAAUAAUUGUCAGGCUAUUAAUAGACUAUUAUUUGAUUAUAAAUUUUCACUGAAUAAAACUAAUACAAGCCCUGACAAUGCAACAGUUGAGCAUAUUAAUAAGCAAUUUUUGUCAUUAAUUAAGAUACUAUAUUAUUUUUUUAAUCAAUCCAAAUUAUGGUUUGCGUUACAUGAUAAAGCAACUAGCAAUAAUGUUGAUGGAAAUCCUUUAAAUGCGUUAUAUGAAGCAAACCAUUUAUUAUGGAAUGAAAUUUUAUGCGAACUUAAUCUAAAAGAUGAAUCUUUACAAAUUACUGAAUUUUAUGGUGACUUAGAAUCACUGGUGCAUACUUUAGACAAAAUCGAUAAAGAAAUAUCACAAGAAAUUUAUAUUCAUUAUUUUGACAAAUUUGGCUAUCUAUUUGCAUCUACUUUAUUCAAAUAUUAUAUUGAUAAUAAUGGUGUGAAUACUGGUAAUACUGGCACAGCUAGUAAUUUAUCGGAUCUUUUUUAUAGGUUUCCUGACCAACAACAAUUCAGGAUUCAAUUUUUUAAUGACUACCCUCAAUAUGCCAAUAUUAAAUGGAUUCAACAAAUUAUGGAUAAUGAAUAUAGUGCAGCAUCUAAUACAUUAUAUUCAAUCACUACCAAUGAUAUUGGUUCAAAUCAAAAUAAGAUCACUAAUGUUGAAGAUCGUCAAAUAUAUUUGAAUAUUAGUAAAUUAAGUGCAUUAGCUGACGUCAAUAUAGGAAAUUCAUCGGCCGUAACAAAUAACCAAGUGAUGGCAUUGACAAAAAUUCAAGAAAAUUUAGAUAUAAUUGAUGGUCAACAAUAUCUAUAUGAAAAUAUUAAAAUAGAGAAUAUUAGAAUGAAUGAAAAAUACAAGGGAACAGAACUAAAUGAAUAUUUCAACGAUAUCGUUGCAAAUAUCAAAACUCGAACUUCUAUCACCGCUUCUAAAUUGAUUGAAUUUUGUACAAUGCUGAAUGAUUCUGAUAGUUUCUUUUAUGCAUUAAAACUAAUUGCAUCUUGCAAUUAUUCUCUACCAUUUGAAGUAAAAUUAUUUUUAGUUUCACUGGUAUGGAGAAGGUGUAUUCUUCUAAAAUCUUUCGAUGAUACUAUUAUUAAUGAGGAUUCUGAUGAUGCAAAAAUUAUUAGCAUGCCAUUGUAUAAAGUAUUGCAUCGUUACUUCGAUGAAGAAUUAUAUAAUGCUGACGUCCAAUUACCAGAUUGCUAUCUAAUAGUUGAUGAGUCACUUAUGACCUCAGAUUAUUGUAAACACGUUUACACAACUGCAAAGACUGCUUCUGAAUUAUCUGGAAUCCAGCAUACUCUGAAAUUAGAAUAUCAGUCUCUGAAAAAUAUUCCAAAUCUUGAGUCUAAGAUAAAUGCUACAUUAGGGCUUGCAAACAAAAAUUCAGGUGACAAAUGUGUCAUUAAUUAUGAAAACUAUAUGCUUGUAACAAGACGUUAA